AUGUGCCUGGGCCCUACAGAAGCAGAGCAGUUCCAGGUUGUUGGCCCUCAGCACCCCAUUGUGGCAGUGCUGGGUGAGGAUGCCAUACUGCCCUGCACCCUAGUCCCAGCCAUGAAUGCAGAGAACAUGGAACUGGGAUGGUUCCAUACCACAUUCUAGGCAGUGUUUAUCUACUGGAACCAGUGGGAACAGACUGAGGAGCAGAUGGCUGAGUACACAGGGCGGACCUCACUGGUGAGCGACUUCCUCACUGAGGGUCAGGCUGCUUUGUAUAUCUAUAAUGUAGAGGUUUCUGACAAUGGAAUGUACACCUGCUUCUUCAGAAAUGGAGGCUACUAUCUGGCUGAUUUGGAGUUGAAGGUGGCAGGAAUGGGCUCUGACCCCCAAGUGCACAUAGAAGGGCCAGAAGAGGAUGGAGUGCGUGUGGUGUGCAAAGCCUCAGGAUGGUUCCCAAAGCCCCAGGUGCAGUGGAGAGACCUCAGUGGAAAGAAGUUCCCAGCGCUUUCUGAGGCCCACACCCAAGACACUGAGGAGCUGUUUAGUGUGGAGGCCACUCUGGUGGUGAGAGACAGUUCUGUGGGGAAUGUGACCUGCUCUGUCCUCAACCCUGUCCUGGGCCAGGAGAAGGCCAUGGCUAUUUACAUCCCAGCCUGGAGGAAGGCCCACCUGUAUGCAGAUUGGCGGAAGGAACGGUUCCAAGCCUGUGAGUUCACUCUGGAUCCAUUGUCUGCUCAUCGCUGGCUUUCUGUCUCUCAUGAAAAGAUGCGUCUGUCCUGGAAGGACCCCAGCCUGUUGUACUGUGGUGAAAAAUGCAGUGUGUUGGGUCUUGAGGGCAUCACAUCAGGAAGAUGGUACUGGGAAGUGGAGAUAGAGAAUGUACUCCUCAGCAAGUGGACUCUGGGAGUCUGUAGGAAAGAUGUGAGGAGAAUAGGCAGCUACCUGGAAUCAUCACAAAGGGGGUUUUGGGUCAUGAGGAAAGAUAACUAUAGGUAUUUUGCCCAAACUGAUCCUAAGACUUGUUUAUCUCCUAGGCAGGAUCUUUACAGGGUGGGGGUUUUCCUGGACUACAGUGAAGGGGAUGUCUCCUUCUAUAACAUGAUUGAUGGGUCCCACAUUUUCUCUUUCCCUCCUGCCUCCUUCUCUGGAGCUCUGUUUCCAUACUUCAUGAUUAUUUAUGGACGUGUGUCCAUGACCAUCUGCUCCAUGAGACGCUCCAGGAAGUCACAGCCUGUCAUAGGUGGGAAAACAGAGGAGCAGAUCUCGGUCCGCUGGCCCAUGGAGGCUCCGUUGGCACCUCCUCAAAAGAUCCUCAAAUGUCCGAAGUUUUGUUUCUCUAUGCCGCUCGAAUGUCUCUGUAGCGCUGAGUUGCGACAGCUGCCCCCCGCCGUGUCUCUGUCCACAGAGCAGUUACAGGUUGUGGGCCCUGAACACCCCAUUGUGGCAGUGCUGGGUGAAGAUGCCAUACUGCCCUGCACCCUAGUCCCAGCCAUGAAUGCAGAGAACAUGGAACUCAGGUGGUUCCACAGCACAUUCUCACAGGCAGUGUUCAUCUACUGGAACCAACAGGAACAGACUGAGAAGCACAUGGCUGAGUACAAAGGGCAGACCUUACUGGUGAGCAACUUCCUCACACAGGGGAAGACUGCUGUGAACUUCCACAAUGUCCAGGUUUCUGAAAAUGGAAUGUACACCUGCUUCUUCAGACAUGGAGGCUUCUAUCAAGAGGCUGAUUUGGAACUGAAGGUGGCAGGUGGUCCUGUGGCUGACCUAGGGCAGCUGUGGAAGGCUGACCAGGCAAUGUUACAUGAGGCCAUCCUCCACUGGGUAGCUCAGGUUCCUCCCAUGGAAAUGGCAGAGGGGAUGGGCUCUGACCCUCAAGUGCACAUAGAAGGGCCAGAAGAGGAUGGAGUGCGCGUGGUGUGCAAACCCUCAGGAUGGUUCCCAAAGCCCUACGUGCAGUGGAGAGACCUCAGUGGAAACAAGUUCUCAGCACUUUCUGAGGCCCACACCUAA